CAACUGGGAAACACAAAAAAUACCAGAUAAAAAAUCUUCAGUCUCACACCUGCAGCUUCUCUCUGUGCAUCUAUGUCUUCCUCCUCUCUACCUCUCAGUUUCAACCACCCUCUCUUCCCCAGACCUCAACCUCCUCCUCCAGACCUCAAUCUCUCUCCAUUCCCAAUCUCCAAACCCUUCCCACAUUCUCUCUCUAGGUCUCUCAUUUGCUUCUCUCUCCCCCCCUCCAACAACUCCAAUUACGAGCGAGAAGAGGCCCGGUGGCUCCGCGAGGAGCAGCGGUGGUUGCGGGAGGAGCAGCGGUGGCUCCGCCAGGAGUCUCUGUGGCACGCUGAGCGGGAAUCCCUAAUUCGUGAAAUCUCUGCCCUAAAGCUCCGAAUUCAGGAAUUGGAGAGCCACCAGAGCGAAUUCGAAGGGGUUUCGGUGUUGGAGGCGGUGAAAAAGGUUGUCGCGCUGUUGCAGGGAGUGAAUGAGGGGGAGAUGGGGAAGAAUGUGAAUUGGAUUGCGGAGAGCGGGUCGAAUGCGGUGCCCAUGGUGUUGGAUGUGGUGAAGGAAGUUAAGGAGGUUAAGACGACGACGUUGAGGAAGGGAUCAGAAGGCGAAGAUGUUCGAGCUAUUCAGGAAGCAUUGCACAAAUUAGGUUUUUAUUCUGGUGAAGAAGAUAUGGAAUAUUCCAGUUUCUCAAGUGGGACGGAGCGUGCUGUAAAAACUUGGCAAGCCACAUUAGGUGCCCCUGAAGAUGGAAUUAUGACUGCUGAACUCCAAGAGAGGUUAUAUAUCGAACAACAAAUUGGGGGUUCUGGCUUGGCGGUGAAUGCAGAUCCAAAAGGGAAUGACAGGACUGGUCUUCCAAAGGAGGUUACAAAUGGAGCUGUAGUUGCUUCUAUAACAGAGAUUUCAGAAAUUCAGGGUACAGUUGUGGAAGAAGCUGUUACAGAAAUUGAGGUGUCUCAUGAGCGAGUCUUUCUUCUUGGGGAGAACCGAUGGGAAGACCCUUCUAGGCUUACUGGCAGGAACAAACAAGUUGGUGCAGACAAAAGUAAGGAUUCCACAACAAGGUGCCUUUCUUGUCAAGGGGUGGGUCGUGUAUUAUGUGCAGAAUGUGACGGAACAGGUGAACCAAACAUUGAACCACAGUUUUUGGAAUGGAUAGACGAUGGAGCAAAGUGCCCCUACUGUAACGGCCUUCGAUUUACAAUCUGCGAUGUAUGUGAAGGAAAAGCAGUGGUUUAGGUACAUGUACAUAUUCAUAUAUGUAGUCACAGUCAUUUCUAUUUAUUUGUUACUGUAUGUAAUCACACAAUAGUAUUACACAGUACAUAUAGAAAUUUGCCAAUUGGGAUAGAAAAUAUUAGAGUAAUCACAGAGAUUUUAGUUUGGGAGUUUUACGGAAGAAACAUGGUUAUUCAAGCUGUUAUAACAGAGACCAGAUCCCCUGUCCCCAUUUCUUGUGCCCGUUAUCACUUAUGUACCACACGAUUAGAUCUAGAGACAAUUGUGUGAUCACGACUCUGUAAUUCAGUAUUUUUUUUUAGACUUUGUUUGGAGCUUCAUUGGCAUGGGAAGAGGAAGAGCAUGGAAACUGA